AUGGACGAUCCGGAAGAUGAAGAUUUCGGGGAGGCAGAUGAGGCAGAGGUGAACGAAGCUUCAAGGCGUCCCCCUCCUGUCAACAGUGAUUACCUCCCUCUGCCUUGGAAGGGUAGACUGGGUUAUGCUUGCUUGAACACCUAUCUCCGCUACAGCACACCGCCCGUCUUCGCGUCUCGAACCUGCCGCAUCGCAUCAAUUCUGGAACACCGACACCCUCUUCGUGACCCCAAUGAGCCCGAACACCCAACAAAGAAUCGUCCCGAUCGCGAGCAACCUGCCAGCAUAGAGCGAGGUCAAAAGUAUGUUGAAGCGAUCGGUCUGGCCAAUGCCAGAGAUCUUAUCAAGAUGCUGCGGUGGAACGACAAGUAUGGCAUCAAGUUCAUGCGUCUAUCGAGCGAAAUGUUCCCUUUUGCUUCCCAUGAGGAGUAUGGAUACAAACUCACGCCUUUCGCUGCCGAGACACUGGCCGAGGUCGGUAAGGUCGUCGCCGAGCUAGGUCACCGCGUAACCACCCAUCCUGGCCAGUUCACUCAACUGGGCUCACCCCGAAAAUCGGUCAUCGAUAACGCUCUCCGAGACUUGGAGUUCCACGACGAGAUGCUCUCCCUUCUGAAACUGCCCGAGCAGAUGAACAGGGACGCAGUCAUGAUUCUGCAUCUUGGAGGUGUGUUUGGAGACAGAGCUGCAACUCUGGACAGAUUCCGCGAGAACUACAAGACACUUCCGCAAGGAGUAAAGAACAGACUGGUACUCGAGAAUGACGAUGUCAGUUGGUCGGUUCACGAGUUGUUGCCCAUUUGCGAAGAGCUCAACAUCCCCAUGGUCCUGGACUAUCACCAUCACAACAUCAUCUUUGACAAGGAGCAGAUCCGUGAGGGAACAAAAGACAUUUGCGAUUUAUACCCCCGUAUCAAGGCGACUUGGGAUAGGAAGAACAUCAAGCAGAAGAUGCAUUACUCCGAACCUACACCUGCUGCUAUCACUGGAACUCAGAGGAGAAAGCACAACCCACGUGUGGCCACUCUACCACCCUGCGCAGACGACAUGGAUCUCAUGAUCGAGGCCAAGGACAAAGAGCAGGCCGUCUUCGAGUUGAUGCGAACCUUCAAGCUGCCUGGUUACGACACUUUCAACGAAAUCAUCCCUCAUGUCAGAGAAGAUGACAACAAGGCUGCCAUGCAAGCGUCAAACAAGAAGAAGGCCACGCCAAAGAAGAAGGGCAAGCAGGUCAAGGACGAAGAUGAGGACAUGGAAGAUGAUGCAGGUUCUGUGGUAGACGGUGAAACCGCUGCCCUGAUCCCUGAGGAGGAGGUCGGCAUGGGCGGUCCCGAGGGCCGCGUAUACUGGCCACCUGGCAUGGAAGACUACCUUCGACCCAAGAAGCGCGAAGUCAAGCCAAAGGCAACACCUGGCUCAGCAAAGAAGGCAACCCCAGCACAAAAGAAGAAAGCCCUUGCCGAUGCCAUCGCCCUUGAAGCUGCUGUCAAGGAGCAGCACGAGUCCGAUGAAGAAGCAGCCGAGGAAGCCACUGCAGCGACAAAGAAAGCCAAGGAAGCUCUCAAGGCAAGAGCAGCCGCCGCCCGAGCAAAGUCAGAUGCAAUGCACAGCGUCACCGCACCUCCCACAGCCGCAGCCGCUGCGACAGCCCCUACACCAGCAGCAGCAGCAGCAGCAGCAGCAGCAAAACCCGCACCUAAGCGCAAAGCACCCGCACCAAACGUAAAGAAGGAGAAGGAAGAAAAAGUCGAAGUCACACCACCCACCAGCGACGACUCAGAGCUCGAGUUGAACUCCUCAGAAGACGAUGCGCCUAUCAAUGCACCCAAGCGACCUGCUCCUCGUGCGGGAGCAAGAUCGAGUGGCAGAGCAAGCAAAGCUAAAGUCAGCUACCAGGAGGCUGAUGUCAGUAUGGAUGAGGAUUGA